AAAAAAACCCUUUUUUUGACAACUCAAUUCAAAAGCAAAACUUUAAAAUGAGAACCAUUACUACUGCCAUGGCCGUCUCAACCGCGCAAAGCAAAGAGGCCAACACGUUAGCGCCGAGCGCGGCGGCGGCGGGUCAGCGGUCGCCGUGGCACUCGCCGGUGCCGUACCUCUUCGGAGGACUGGCGGCGAUGCUAGGGCUGAUCGCCUUCGCGCUGCUGAUAUUGGCCUGCUCUUACUGGAGGCUCACCGGCCAAAUGGAAGCCGACAGAUCGGAAGGCCAGAACAGAGACAUCGAGAGCGGCGCCGGAGCUGAGAAGGAUGACGCGGCGGAUUCCGCCGAUAAGUCUCUGAAGGUUUACGAGGAGAAGAUUUUGGUCAUUAUGGCUGGCGACGAGAACCCCACCUUUUUGGCCACCCCAGUUUGCGCUAAAGUCUCCUCUUUUGGCGACGGAAAUGGGAAGGAGAUUGAGAACAGAGAAGGAGAGAAGGGAGAGAAGGAGAAUUCCGAUGAGAAAGUUAAGAAAGAAGAGGAGGAGAUCAGUACUGAUGUUGAUCAUGAUCAUGAUCAUCACCGUGAUCAUCAGGCUCUGGAUCAUGAUGCGGAAAACCAGUGAUGAUCAGCUGGUUAGCGGUUUUUGUUCAUCCGUUUUUUAAGUUUGUUUUUUUUAUCAUCCUAUGGGUACUUUUGGCUCCCUUUUGAGAGAGUGUUUUUCUUCUUCUUGUUUUGGGUUUUGGGAUUCUGGGAAAUUUUCCUUCCAUAUCGGGAAAUGUAAAUUUUGUUGAGACAAGUAGACGAUGGGAGAAUUUAUCCCUCCAGCUAAUGACAGCCAAACUAUACAAAAUAGAGUCAUUAUGAUU